AUGUUCUCAACAGUUCGCGCCGACGAUCGCUUCCGCCUCCGCCUGCAUCGCGCCCGCAGCAUCCAACUCACCGACGACGAGCUGGUCGAGAUCCGCGCCGCCCAGCGGACCUUUGAAGGGGCCUAUAUCCGGACAUCACUAUCGCAAUUCGCUUUCGCACUGAUUGUUCUCAAGAUCUUCACGUCGGAGUUCUACAGCAUCGGUGCGCUCUACGCUGUCUUUGGGGCUGGUGUGCUUGCGGUCUCGCUCUAUCGCCGUGCACAGGGAAACAAGCAGUUCUUCAGUGAAGUUGGAGACGAUGGGCUCAACAGGAAGGUGUUCAGGACGAGUGGGAAUGUGGUGAUCGUUUUGGCGGCGCUUAGUGUGGCCGCCUACGUAUCAUUAUUGAUUCUGACAUUGCGGUUGGAGACUUGA